CGUAAACACGCACGAUUUUUCAAGCAUGACCGCGUAAGUCGCGAAGAUUUUUUUAGUCUGACUUUCUUUCUUUCUGCAAAUAGUUCUUUUAUUAUUUUAGCAGUAUUUAAAGCUAUAAAAUUAAGGAUUCUCUUGUAACUAUGGACUGCGAUGUCAACUCAAGGAAUGACAAUCCAUCAAAAGAAUCUUUUGAACCAGGUGCUGCGCGCUUCGGGAAUUUCAUCAAUUAUUAUACUUUUAACUCUGUCUCAAAGAGAUUACAAAAGAUUCCUUCUAAUUUAGUAUUGUCAUUUCAAAAGGAAACAGUUCUGUGUUUAGACAUUGGAUGUAAUUCGGGAGAGCUUACACAAGGACUUUAUUCACAUCUUACUAAAAAUCUUGAUACAAGUUUAGAGGUUUACGUACUGGGAAUAGAUUUGGAUGAAACUCUCAUUACCCGAUGUAAGGAAUCUAAUAACUAUGAAGGCCACAUAACUUAUCAGCAAAUGGACAUCAUGAGCAAUACAUCUGUAUCACAACUGGAAUCAUUUCUUCAAAAAUAUAACAGAACUGAAUUUGAUUUAAUAACGUGUUUUUCAACAACUAUGUGGAUACAUCUCAAUCAUGGUGAUAAUGGAUUGGAUAAUUUUCUCAGUACUAUUUCUAAAUUAGGGAAAUAUCUGCUCUUAGAACCUCAAGAAUGGAAAAGUUAUAAAUCGGCUCUUAGAAGAAUGACAAGGUUAAAUCGGGAAGCAUUUGCAUUAGAAAAAUUAAAAACAAGAGAUAUCAGAAAUCAUUUAUUACAGUUUUUGCCACAAUAUGGAAAAAAUGUAUAUCAAUGUUUUGGAGAAACCUCUUGGGGUAGAAGUUUAUUUUUAUUUCAAGAUAGUUCAUAAGUAGGGAAAUAUAGGAACAAAAUAUAAUAUAUAUACUUACAGAAAACAUCCAAUUUUCAAUAAAAUAUCAUAUAUUUAUGAUAUUUUAUUGAAGAUUUACCAGAAUGUUAGUUUUAAGAUAAAAUUAUUUUGCCAUUUCAGUUAUAAAAAAAAACUGAAGAAAUAUUUUUUGCUUUUCUUAAAUUUUAGUGCAUUUAAAAACUUGUACCUUAACAGAUUGCUAGAUUAAUUUAUAAACCCUUUGGAUAAAUCUAAUAUAUUAGAAAAAUGUAAUACAUUUGUUUGAAAUUAUAUUGUUGUAAUACUAAUUGCUUUAGUUAUCCCAAUAUCAUGUAGGAAUAUACAUAUCAUGAAUAAUAUGAAAUAAAUGAAUUAGUGUGCAAAAUUUAUUGCUUUCUCAUAUGUUCAAAAAAAUUAAAUGUGCUAUCUUAUCCUACAAAUGUUCACCCAAAUUAUUAAUUUAAGAUAUACAAAAGGUAUAUAUUGAAAAAGAAUUAAAAUGCAACAAACCACAAAAAUAUUUCAGGAUUUUAAUAUUUUUGAUUUUCUAAUGGUAUACAUGAUACAGAAUGUCUAUACAUCUCUACAUAUAUUCUGGAUUUCAUUAAUUUCCAGAUGAUUACAAUUUAAAUGGAACUUUUCUAACAUUUAAGAUGCAGCAUUUUGCUGCUGUUCAAGUAACUUCUUGGUAGCCUCAUCAUCUUGGGCACUCAUGGUUGUCAAUUUCUUCCCUAUCCUCUCAUGGACAUCCAAAUAUUUAGCUACACACCUAUCUAAGCAGACACUUUCUCCUUUAGCCAGUUCUGCAUCAUUAUAUUUUGGUGGAAUACAUUUCACAUGACAUGCAGCUGUCAUACGAUUGUACAUGUCCGACAUCAUCUCUAUCUCGAGGUUCUGCACAAUUUGCAUUUUUGAUGGAUCAAGUUGUAUGCCACUGUUUAAUGCCAUGAUUAAUAAAAAAUUCUUGAGUAUCAAAUGAAUUAAUAAUUUGUAU